AGCGCAUGUGAUGCGCGGCCGAGUAGAUUCUAGAUUCUUAUUCUCAAGCAGAGCGAUUCCACUGAUCGCUACGUACAUGGCCAAGAUGGGCAUCGUGGAACCUUGGUCUGUUCCUGUGCAUACGAUGUGCUGGCAUCCAUCGCAACCUUGGCGUACACAUAUCCAAAGUCAAAUCAGUCAAUCUAGAUUCUUGGACGGAGGAACAAAUACUGUACAUGGAGACUAUUGGAAACGCACUUGCCAAGAAAUACUAUGAAUGCAAUCUCCCUGCAGAAUUCAGAAGACCACAGACAGACUCCCCAGUAGAACAGUUUAUCAGGAACAAGUACGAGCACAAGAAGUAUGUCGACAAGACCAUGCAACAGCCCAAACCAUCUACAUCUAGGGUGAAGAAGGAAAGCAACAAGGAGAAUCGAGAUGGGGACAAGGAGAAAAGGAGAGCGAAGAAGCAAGAGAAGAAUAACAUUGCCCUUCCAAGACCAUCAGAUAAUACUCCAGCAGUCAAGAAGCAACAAGCUCCACCGGCACAAACCCUCGCUGCUCAGGCAGCUACCAUCACAGCAGUGCAGAGCGCCCCCACACUCUCUGCUGCCCCUGCUAGUACGACAGUAGCUCCUGCUGCCAAGUCUUCAAGUGCUGUUGAUCUCUUUGGACUAGAUACUCCUACAGUACAGAUGGGUAAUGGUGAUCUUCUUGGUCUGAACACACCCGAGAAACCAAUCCAGAGCCAGAUCUCCCCUGCGCACAGUGCGAACGCCCCGGCACCAGAACCAGUCAUCGAGGAGUCCCUCUUCGGCACAGAAGACACCUCCAAGUCAGCGUCGUCCAAAACGUCCAAAGAAUCGAUCCUGGCACUCUACGGGUCAUCAAGUCAGAGCCAACAGAAUUAUGGUGUUCCAGGCGGUGUGUACAUUCCAUCGCAACAACCAAACCAAGUGAUGAACGGUGGUAUGCCAACAACUCAGGGCGGUAUACCACAGCAGCAACCCAAUGCAGGGUUCCCGCCACAGAGCAGCUACAACAUGGGCAUGAUGGGUGGUGUUCAGCCGAUGCCAGGGCAAAACGUGAUGGGGAUGUACAACCCACAGCAAGCCCAUUUACAACAGCAACACCAGCACCAAGCGAUGUUUUUACAGCAACAACAGCAGCAACAACAUCAGCAAGCACAGGCUCAAGCUCUACAACAGGUCCAAGCACAAAUGCAGAACAUGAGGGUGGGCGGGGCUCCAGGAACAAUGCCUCAGCAGCAGCAGCAGCAGCCCAGUGGAUGGGGCAUGCCCAGCAAUAACCCUCCCCAGCCAGCUACGGGAGGAAUGCACGGUAGCUUCGCCGGUGCACAGCAACCCAUGGUCGGAGCGGGCGGAGCUGGGGCUGGAUGGGGCGCCGCCGGCAUGUCAUCAGGACAGACGCUGAGCAGUAACUUAUGGAAAUGAUGAUAGCGGGUGUGCGCUGGGUCAGCGACGUAGUGUGUGUAUGUUUGUAGAUUUUACGAUAGAGCUUGGAUACGCCCCCUGCUGCUCUGUUGUAUGAGCAUGUUGAGAGUGGAAACUCCAUCUACCAUCGCCCUUGUGACCAUCAAAAUAAACUUGCCCUAUACGGAUACAGUAGGCAGCAAAUUAAUGAGUUAACCUGUUUACUACUUUAUCCUGCAUUUUUAUAAGCUUUGCAGAGGGACCAUCCUGUUCUGGUAGAAAACAGGUUAACUGGUUGACUACUGAAUCCUGCAUUUCUUAGAACUUUCCUGCAGGGACCUUCCGACCAGUAGAAAACGGGUUGACCUUUUUGACUACUGAUUCCUACAUUUUCUGUAAGCUUUGUUCAGGUACCAUCCGAUUCCAGUAAAAAACAGGUUGACUUGCUGACUACUGAAUCCUGUGUUUCCUAUAAGCUUUGUACGGGGAACCAUCUGGUUCCAGUAGAAAACGGGUUGACUUGCUGACUACUGAAUCCUGCGUUUCCUAUAAGCUUUGGACAGGGAAUCGCCUGGUCCAGUAGAAAACGGGUUGACCUUUUGACGACUGAUUCCUGCAUUUCCUAUAAACCUUGUACAGGGAACCACCUGGUUCCAGAAGACAAUAGGUCAAUAAAUCCUCAUAGUCGCAUGUUCUUGGGCAGGUUUGAUUGCGAUGUGGUAGAGAAAACAUGAUUACACAUUCCUUAAAUAGUAAACUACUUUAAAAUACCAAAUGCCAUGACAAACAGCAUAAUUUGUUUUUAUUCCUACUCAGAAGUCAGUCAUCUGCAGCUAUCCAAAGCAAAUUUAAUGUGCAUUUGUAUAAUCCUGAAUUACAGUCUAGGGCAAAUAAUUAGGUUUGCCAUGACCUACAUGUAGCUUUUUUAAUGCAGUUUACCUUGUCAUGUUUGAGUAAGGUGGAAAGCUUUGCAUGUUUGGAUGAACACCAGGACACUUCAGGCCAUUAAAAUGAAUAUUAUAUGAGUAUUAUAACUGCUGGAAAGAACAGUGUGUUCGUAAAGUGCACUGUGGCCCAAGAUACACAUACGUCAAAAUAGUGGCGGACGGUGACCCGGAGGAGACA